CACCGUGAGAAUACAACCAUUCCAGUGCUGGUGUCACAUUCUUCAUUUGGACUAGAAAUCUACCAAACAUCAGAUAUCGACUUCUACCCAGAGUGGGACUUAGAGAACAGAACAUCCACCUACCAGUUGCUCGAAGCGUGAGUUCAUAGAUCCAGCGCAAUGUCCCUUGCGUCCAUCCCAGACAGGCUUUGCGAUGAGCUUAGCCUAUGUCACGAAGGAGAGACCAUAGGUCAAAGGUUAAUCAACAGAGAGCUCAAUGACCUCAAGAACAUAGCUUUCUGGAAAGGUGUUGUCGGCGAGUUCGUGGGCUGUCUUCUCUUAAUUGUAUUUGCUGUAGGAAUGGGUCUGAAGCAAGACGGAACAGAGGGACCUCCACUUCUGCAGGUGGCUAUCGGUGGGGGUAUCGUACUAGCAGUCAUCAUCAAGGCUCUGUCUACAGUCAGUGGUGGCAUUGUCAAUCCCGCCAUCACUGUCGGCUGUCUGAUCACUGGUCAGAUAAGUUUGGCCAAGUGUCUGGUGUACAUUACAUUUCAAAGUGCAGGGGCUAUAGCAGGUGCAGGACUACUCAAAAUCACUGUCCCAUAUUCCUAUGUAGGCACACUUGGUGUAAUUGCUCCUGGUGAGGGCGUUUCCUCCUUGGAGGCGCUGGGUGCUGAGAUCAUCAUAAAUUUUCUGCUGCUAUUUGUAACCGUGGCCAUGCUAGAUCCAGGAAGACCAGACGCGCAAGGUUAUGUCCCCUUCAUGAUAGGCCUGAUCGCUACAGUCGAUUCACUGUUUGCUGCUCCAAUAUCUGGAGGCUGCAUGAACCCAAUCAGAAGUCUGGGACCUGCUGUGAUUCAGGAAACAUACGAAAAUGCUUGGAUCUAUUGGGUUGGGCCUAUGAUUGGCGCUGUCGCUGGAUCUCUGUGCUACGAUCUCUUGUUCGCAACCCAGCCUUUUGGUCUGCGCAGACUGUUCAAGUCUCCUGAAGUUCCAGACGCUGAGAAGGCUUACCCUAAGAAGCUUGAGAAGAAAUCUGGCGAACCUUUGCCUAAACAUGUGGAGAAAAACUACCACAAAACUGAGAAAUACAACCAGAAAUCUGAGAAAAUUUAUCAGAAGAAACCUGGCAAUGAUGAUCAAGUCGGGGACCUUCUGCCGAAAAGAUAUUGCCACAUUGACCCGCGUGAAAAUGAAAGUGGAAUCUAAAUCAGUGGUCUUCAACGGGGGCAUUAUCGUCCCCGGGAGGGGGGGGGGCUUUUUCGUGAAAUUAGGGGGC